GUAAAACAAUGGCUUCCUUACUUCCUUUGAUAUUUUUCACCAGUCAAAUUCGAAGAUAUUAGAAUUAACUUAAGCUGAUGCGAGCUGAGUUGGUUUCUGAGUUGUCAAGUUGUUGCCCCACUAUUUGUGGGUUUUCCUGGCUUCAAUAAUUUCAAAGAUAUCAAACAGAAACCUGGUAAAUUAUUUAUUUAUGUGAAGUAGGAUAUUACCGGUUAGGUGUUUAUUUGUAUUUAUAUUGAUAUGUUUGUUUGUAUGUGGAUGUGUGUGUUAUUGUUAUAUUUCUCCAAAUUGGGAGGAGAAUUUGAAGAAAAAGAUAACAAGUUUAUUAUCAGAUCCAAUUUUAUUUACCUUUCACUGACACUAGUAAUUAGUCAUGAAUCAGCAUUAAUUUUUUCUGGUUCUGCAGGAUUGGCAGGAAAAAAAAAAAUAAAAAAAAAAAUCACCAUUAAAAAAAAUUAAAAUCCUAGCUAGGUUUAUGAGCGUUUUUUUCUUGUGUGGCUCAGUAUUUUUUUAUUUUGUUGGCAUGGUACUGGUCUGCCACCUAGCAUUGGGGAAAGCUGACAUAUUACAUUUGGUACACACUUCUGUUACACACAGUACAGUGUACUUAAAAGAGCCAAAGUGCCCAAACUGAAACCCAACAUUUUCAAAGCACACUUAUUUAUGGCACAGUGCCAAUAUUUGAAUAAAACCCCAAUACUGAGGCUUUAUUUAUACUGCUGGGGCAAAUUGGCAUCCUGAAGGACAGAGAGUGGGCUGCAUCCCUGCUGUGGUUGGCCACCAUAGCUUUAAGUUAUAGGCUAUGUAAAAUUGUAAUUUUUAAUAAGCUAUUCUUAGGUCUUCUUAAUUAAUAUGGUUGGCAUCCUUCUGUCUAUGAACUUUUUCAAGUGACUUUGGCCUCUUUCUUCUCUUUAUAUUACCCUGUUGAAUCCAUGACAGAAACUGUCUAGAAGCACUUGAUUUUGUUCUCUGCAGUGAAUGGUUAAACCAUUUCCUUCUCCAUUUCCUUAAUUGUAUUUCCUGCACCACACAAUCACUUCAAUUUUCCAAGUUUGCUAUCAUUUGGGUUAUUUAGUUUAAGAUAAUUGAAUUAAAAAUCUUCAUACUAUACCAUGAGAUCAUGAAUAAUUGGAGAUUUUAAAAAAUAUGCAUCACAAUUCAAUAAAUUGACAGGUCAGAAAUGUCGUGUUGAUAAGCCUCAUCUAACCUAUUUGAAUUUUAUGGUUGUAACUAAUUAAUCAGAGCUAUGAUUAAAAUUGAAUAUUUUUAGUUGUCUUAAGAAAUAUUCGUUGUUUUAAAAAAAUAAAAUAUUCCCCUUAUUAUAAAAUAGGUCCACAUAUAUUUUGCAAUUAGUGGUAACAACGUGAUAUAGUUUUUAAUAACAAACUGUUGCAGAAAGCUAUGAGAUUAUAAGCAAAUUAAAUUGCUAUCCAAUAUGAGAAAUACCACAAAGAGAUUUGAAAUAUUGAGUAGAACAAUGGAUUUAUUUUAUUUACAACUAGCAUAUUUUGACUGUAGAAUAUUUUUGUACCCAGCAUUGAUGAAUCACAAAUGUCCAGGUAGUAAGUAUAUCAGUCAGUUGGUUUUUGGUAAAAAUAUAAAAGCUUUUGAAUUCAAAAUUAAUUUUUAUAUAAUAUCCAAUCAUGUUAUCUGACCCACUGUCAUUGUGAGCCUGUCCAGUGAAGAGAAGAACAUUUUUAUCUUAUCACCCACUCAGUCACAUGUCAGGUUUUCAACAGCUCAAAUUAGUAAUUGUGUUUUAUCACCUGAGAGAAACUCAUUUCACAAAGUUGAGCCUUCCUUUCCUUUGCCACUGGAUGUAACCUGUCUUUUGUCAUAUCAUUUCAUUCCUGGAUUAGAUCAUCCAUAAAAAAAAAAAUCUGCAAGGAAUACACCUACGGGUAUAUUUUUUCUUAUGAUUUUUUUAAAGAGUGAAAGUAAUUUAUUUGAAUUUUUAAAAUAGAUUUGCCAGUGCAGGAAAUAUGAAAAAUUAAAUUAGCCUGUGUGAGCCAGUGAUUGAACUGUACACACAGCAUGGUAUUUCCUGAAACAAAAUAGUUAUAAAUGAUAAAUUCUGUGGAGACCAUUUAAAGUUUUUAUUCAAAUUAUUAUUAGUGAGAGCUAUUUUUAAAUCCAUUAUAUUAACGUCCCUUUUGUUUGUGUGUUUGUGGCAAAAAUCUUCAGACAGCUAAUUGACCCACUUCCCGUCAACCUAUUGAGCUGAAACUAGGCACAUAGACUCGUUGCCAAUGAUGAAACAUGAAAUCAAAUUUUCAGCCCCACCCUCAAAAAUCAGUUUUUCUUGUUUUUCAAGGGGAAUAUGAAUGAAAUAUGAUUUGUUCAAUGGGUGCAUGUUUUGGUAUAGAGAUUAAUUGUGUAGAUGUUGCUAUGUGCUUUGUAUUUGUGACAUUUUUGGAUUUAAAUGUAUCUUUAGUCUAUUGGUUUGACAUGCACUAAGUUUGAUAAAAACCAUUACCAUACCAAAAAUUUGUUGCUACAAUCACAUAAAUGAUAAAAUCACUUACAAUUAUUACAUAAAUGCAAAAAAAAAAUGCAUGUAUAGGAUUUAUAUUAAACAAUUGUUUUUAAGGUCAGUUUAAUUAUUACAAAUUAAAUAUCUCUUUCUUUUCCAGCAAUGUCAGAUGACCAUUACAUAGAGUGCUUAAUUUCACUUGAAAGAACUCUAGCAAAAUCAAUAAUAACUAUAGACCAUCCUAAUUUAUGUGAAUUUGAUAAAAAUCAUUUAACAACAAGAAGACUCUUUAUCACUUUUUGCCUUGAUGCCAUCUUCAUAAGGCUAUAGGAACUUUUUUCACCCGUAAGUAUGAAGUAGUCUACUUAACUGUUGCUUACAUGCGUUUAUGAUGGGGAUAGUGCUAUAUUUUUAUUGCAAGACUCUUUGUAGUGGUUGUUUUUGGUUAGGCAUUUCCAAUAAGUAUAAAUUAUAAAAUAUUUCUUAUAUUCUAUUUAGUUUGAAUUUAUGCAAGAUAGUGAUUUCACUUUAGCCUCCCUCUCACACAAUGAAAAUGCCAACAAAUUUAUCUCCAUAUCAAAAUACAGUCGGUGCAAUAAAAAAACACAAAAAGACAUCAUUAUAAAAAUUUUGGUGGAAUUACGGUAAAACCCACUUAAGUAAAACAGGAAACCAAAACCGAGGCAUUUAAAGCUUAUCAUUAACGGGUAUGAUCUUACUUCAUUAUCUUACUUUGUGUUUUUCACACUGCGUGUGUGGGGAAAAUUCUAAAAUUUAAUUUUGGGUCGCUUCAUCUUGGCUUGUAGUGGUCAAAAUGUAGACAAGUGAUUUUUCAUUGUAGGAUUUGACUGUUAUUUACCUUAGACUGGACCACCGGUAAUGAUUUGUAGUGAAAUAAUACUGCUGGCUAUUUUUCAUCAUGAUGUCAAUUGUAUUUUUUUCGCUCUGUUUAUAUUCUUCUGGUUCUGAAUAACAAUUUAAAAUGUAAUUUAUCAUCUACUUGUGCCUCUUUAAUUUUUUUCUAUCUGUACUUGUGCUAUUUCAUCUACUUGUACUUCUAAACUUUAUUUUUCUUUUACUUGCAUUAUUUCAUCUAUUUGUGCUUGUGUAAUUUCAUCUAUUUGCACUUCCAUUUUUUGUCCUUUCUUUGAUUCUUUGUGUAUAAUAAUCUUAUUAAGUUUUCAAAGAUGAUGGUGUAAAACAUUUAGCCAAGCCUCAAAGUGGUGUACACAAAUAAUUUUGGAUGACAUUAUCCUAGAAUCUUUUGGUAAUUUUCUUUAGACAAAAUUAUAUGGACUUGUCUAUUAGUUUUCUCUUUAAAAAUCUCCAAGUUAAGGUGCACAACAUAACAAUUAGCAUUAAAAAUAAAUCAAAUUUUUGUAAGCAACGCGUUUUUAAAAUAAAUAAAUAUAUAUAUAUAUAAAGGAGUGAAAUUUUACCAUACACAUCUUUUGGAGCGUAUGUGUAGAUAGGAGGGUGCCGAGGGGGGUGGUUUUACACUUUUCCUUAUAUUGAGGGGCUGCAUUUAUGGCCAACUGCAGAGGUUGUGUUUUUUUUAGCAGAAAGGGUUGGCAAAAAAGCUUGGCCUGCACUGGGUGGCACUUAUCCUGCUAUGCCACUUCUGGGCCGCAUUGGUAAACUAAGAAUCCACUAAACUUUUGCUGGAUGAAAAUGCUAGAGAAGAGCAAGUAGCUUGUAACAUGUCUAGGAAAGAGGAAGUUGGUUCAAUAUGCCUUUAAAAAAAAAAGGAUUAUUUCUUUUUAAAAAAAAUGAAUAAAUUAGGGUAAUAAUAGCACUGGAUAGACCAGGGGUGAGCAAACUAUGGUUUGUGAGCCAAUUGUUGCUCGCAUCUCCGUUUUGAAUGGCAUGCGCUCCUUUAAAAAAAUUAAAUAAUUAACAUAAUCAUAAAAAUGGAAAAUAAAAAAGUGAAUGUGUAAAUUGAAUUUUCGCUGGCAGAUGUCACUACUAUACCGGGGUUGUUUUACUUUUCUGUUGAAAUGGUAGAUUCCCUAUGAUUCGGGUUAGCCCCCCUUUGCACCAUUUAUGGCUACCAUGCCUCUGUUACCUCUUGAAUGUGGCUCACAUGCCUCUGUUACCUCUUGAAUCUGGCUUGCAGCUACACAAGUUUGCCCACCCAUGGUAUAUAGUCUUCUCAAAAAGAACAAAUUAGGGUAAAAAUAGCACUGGAGACAACAAAAAGUCUUCUAUUAUUUGACAGUCACUAAAUGAAAUCUUGUAAAAUCUAUUCUGACAAUCUCCAAACACUGUUUUAGUUUUCUAAAAGUGGGUCAACACAUGCGUGAUAAACAGCUCUGUCAGCUGUGCUUGCUAUGCACAGGGGUUCUAUUAGUUUGUCCAGCAUCCAUGCUGUGUGUUUUCUUUAAAAGAUCUUUCUCUCUAUUUAUGUUGACAAGAGAUUGUUUAAACAUGACUGGACAUGGAAGAUUUGAUUUUUGCCUGCACAUUACAUCCAGAGCACCGGAUGUUUCUCCAUUUCCUAAUAAACAUCCCCAUCCCUACACACACAUACCUCUUACAGGAUAUUGUAAUCAGACAAUGUAAAAUUAUAGGACUUGUAUUAAGUGCUUGAAUUUUCUUUGAAAGUCUUAUGAAAUACACCAUUUAAAUGGGUCCAUGGCCAAAAGUUUAAGGAUAGUUGUGGUUUAUGACAACGCCUAUGAUUAGGCAGGAAUGUGUCCACUCCUGUGACAAGCAAAAGGACAGGGACAGAUCUGUUAAGUUCAAUAUUCUAAUCCAGCUGAAACAUAGAUUAAGGGGUGUGAUUAUGUCAGCAUUGAAUGGCCUGGACCAGGCAAAAUGUAGGUCAAUGAAAGCAUUUGUCAAAGUGAGCUUUCUUCACUGUAUUUGGAUCAUUUCAAUACAUGUACAGGCUAGAUGUUAAAAAGACAAAUAAAAACAUUAAAAAAAAAACCAGGAACCUCUCUCCCCCCCCAAAAAAACAAAAAAAAAAACAGAAGAAAACCACAUUAAUUAGGUAAGCAGGUAAUGGUUGGUCUUUAUAAUAUAAGGAAACAUCAAAGGGCAAAAAUAUUAUUGGAGAUUCGAAGGAUGUGUUUAGCGUUUUGAUGGAAGGGGGUGGGAGGUUUGCACUCUUAAUUACUGUUACUGAUCUGAUGAAGAGAGGAAUGAGUUAUCUCUACUAAAGACAGUUGAUGAGCUGCACAUAAUGCACAAAUGGUUGUUGACUGGCAAUGGGAAAGAUCUUGUAGAAAAUACAGUUCAUGCAAAGAGCCAGAAGGGGAGCGAGUCCAUCGAUUGGGGUGAUGUGAACAUUUUCAGGUGAGACUGGGUGCUUUAUUGUGCUAUGAAGUGAUUCACUACAUGUUCGUUCAGGUGUGUCACUAUGAUCCUUGUGACACUAUGAUUCUUGACAACAGAUUACUUGUGACACUAUGGAAGUUUUUCAUUCAACAUUUGUAUUGUGAGAAUAAUUAAACUUGGUAUUAUUUCUUGGAGUAGGUUGUUUGGCUGAAUGCUAAGUGUCAGCUUGGAGUGGGUUGUUUGGCUGAAUGUUAAGUGUCAGCUUGGAGUGGGUUGUUUGGCUGAAUGCUAAGUGUCAGCUUGGAGUGGGUUGUUUGGCUGAAUGUUGAGUACCAGAUGGGACAUGAAUAGUGCGUGUUCAGAGGUACGUUCUGCAGAUAAUAAUUGAUUAUAUUCAGGAUUGAUUGAGUGAAAUAGGUAGACCCUCUAAUAAUCAUAACCUUAAUCCUGCAACAAACUUAAUUGUAAGCCUGCAACAACCCUAAUCAUGCAACAACCCAAACCCUCCAUCUACCCUAUUCCAAACCCUUCAACAACCUAAUCUUGCAACAACCCUAACUCUGCAACAACCCAAACCCUCCAUCUACCCUAAUCCAAACCCUUCAACAACCCUAAUCCUGCAACAACCCUAACUUGCAACAACCCAAAGCCUGCAACAACCCUAACUCUGCAACAACCCUAACUGUGCAAAAACCCAAAGCCUGCAACAACUCUAACUCUGCAACAACCCAAAGCAUGCAACAACCCUAAUCCUGCAACAACCUUAAGUCUGCAACAACGCAAAGCCUGCAACAACCCUAAUCCUGCAACAACCCAAAGCCUGCAACAACCCUAAUCCUAACCCUGCAAAAACCAUAUUCCUGCAACAACCCCAACCAUGCAACAAUCCUAACCCGCAACAGCCCUAAUCCUGCAAAACAAUCGUAACCCUGCAGCAACCCUAACCCUGCAAUAACCCUAAUCAUAACCCAGCAAAAACCCCAACCCUGCAACAACCAUAACCCUAAAACAACCCUAACUAUAAUCUUGCAACAAUAAGUCACUUGUGGGGUUGCAACUUGUACUUCUUCAGUUUUAUUUUCUUGUACUCCUUAAGUGUUAUGUAGAUGUACUUUAGCAAUUCUUUCACUUGUAAUGCUGUGAUUUCAUCUAUUUUAUGUAAGUUGUGUCCUAAUAAAUACAAAACCACACAAUAUUUAACUAUUUGUUGUUCACACUUAAGACCAGAGGUAGACUACAUGACUAAGUUUCACCAUGACCAGAUAUACAUGUCAGUAAUAAAUCCACUUUGACCCUAUGAACUGUAUGCCUGCAUCUUAUUCCUUGUUACUGUCGGUGUACUUGAAUGGCUUUCAUGCAAUAACCAAAGAAAGUAAAAGCUGUUUUUUUUAAAAAAAUCCUUUAUAUUAACUUCGCUUUUGUUAGUGAGUUUCUGUGCUUAAGGCAAAAUCUCCAGAUGGCGAAUCGACCCACUUUCCUGUCAACUUAUCAAGCUGAAACGUGCCACAGAGACGCGUUGCCUAUGACAACACAUUCACUCACAUUUUCAGCCCCAUGCCCAACAUCCAAAAAUCAUUUUUUUCUGUUUUCAAAGGGAAGAUGAAGGAAAUAUGACGCCACCGAUUUCGCGAAAUAAAAUUCUAGAUAACUGCGCCAAAUGAGAUCAUUGAAAAAAUAUCGCUAGCGCAUUUGGUGCAUAAUAUUUUCUUUUGUUUUCUGAAAUAGUUGCUGAAAUAGAUGUGCGGUGUAAAAGCGGAUGGGGCAUUAGAAGAUUCAGAUGAAAUAAACUAAUAAAAAAUGCAUACAUAGGAUUUAUACAAACUUUUAUUGCUUCUAGGGUUUUUUUUAUCUUCUAUUUUUUAAAAAUUCUUUCAUGUCCAAUAUAUUUCAUUUUGUCUUCUUCUUUAAUUAGUUACAUAUAAUUUUGUGUGAAAACUACUUAACGUGGCAUCUAUUGUGAAUGUGUUUUCAAUAAGGAAUCUCCCUUCUCAUUCCCCCCCCCCCUAUGCAGCUGUUCCAAUAGUCUACGAUGAUAAAUGAAGAUCCUGAUGACAUCCGUGCCAAGGAGCCACUGAUGGCAUUUAUUUUGAAUGUGUUUUUAAUAAGGAAUCUCCCUUCUCAUUCCCCCCCCCCCCUAUGCAGCUGUUCCAAUAGUCUACGAUGAUAAAUGAAGAUCCUGAUGACAUCCGUGCCAAGGAGCCACUGUUGCCUGCUGUGGACAACGAUGCAGUCAAUGAAAAGGUCAGCAGGGGUCAGUUUUAUGACUCGAUCGUCUCUGGUACACCAAACUACACCAGUCAUAUCACACCAAACUACACUGGCCAUAACACACCAGACUACAUCAGCCGUCGGACACCAACCCCUGUACUGAAACAUUUGGUUUCUACGAGUGGCAAGUACACCUGCUUCUCUUCUAUAUAUAUAAUACAGUGUAAAAAAGACUAGUCAUUUUAUGUUAUAAAAUUUUACUAUGUAUGUAAACAUAGUCAUUUUAUUUUAUGAAUACAAUCUGUCUGAAUUUACCAGCUUUCUACCCCGGCUGUUAUAAAAAUCAAAUCGUGUCUCUUUAAAGUCAUUAUUGCCAUUAAGGAAAUUAGCUAUUACGAUAUAUGUUGUCUGAUGUUUUUGCGCUUGAGAAAUACUUUAAAUGUCUUAUGUUAUAAUUGUUCUAGUUUUAAACUUGCUAUCUUGAUUAGAAUGUAUAUCCAUAUGCUUAAAAUAAUUAUAUAAUCAAUGUAAUCAGUGUAACCAAUGUAAUCAACAAGACAAAGUUCCAUUUAUUUGGAUUAAUAAAAGAAUGUUAUCUUAGUUUACAAUGAACAAAAUCAUAAUAAUUUUUUUUAUAAAUGACAAGCGUUGUCGCCUAAGCCAUUUCUUUGAUUGGCAUCUGAGCCGGGGCCCCUCAACAUCUUUCAGAAGUUGAUAAAAGAGGGGAAUAUGGUUUUCAUUUUCCCUAAGCAAACAAAUAUUUAAUAUUCAUCCAAAAUGUCUUAAUUUGAAUAUUGGCUGUCCAUGGUUUGAAAAAUAAUGAUGCGACGUAAAAGCAAGUGGGACAUUAGAAUAGUAAUGUAAAAUAAAAUAAUACAAAAUGUAUUUAAAGGAUUUAUAUCAACCUGUGGGUCUGGACCCCUUUGGGGGUCGAAGGACCCUUACCCAAGGGUCUCCUAUGACCAUCGGAAAACACAUAUACUCUACACUUAUAAAUUACAACGAAAAUAAUUUUGUGGUUGGGGGUCGCCACAUCAUGAGGAACUGUAUUAAAGGGUCGCUGCAUUAGGAAUGUUGAGAAUCACCGAUUUAUAUGACAAACUUUGUUUUUAGGUGCUGUAUUUAGUGCCCAGCUUUACUUUGAACUAAUUUUUUUUCAGACGAAGAUGCAGGGGAACAGAAGGAGGACAAAAACAGCAUUCGGGUAAGAAAGGAAAUAAUUUAUUUAAAUUGUCAAUGAAGUACUUUAACUCUGCACUCUCUUAAAUCUUAUUAUGUAUUGGUAGAACAAAACAUUUGACAUCACAGCUCAAGUGACAUCAGUCAUUGUUUUUGACGUCAGUGCUGUGAUAUUUCGCGCCCUUCUUUUACAGCAUUUUACAAAUAUCUCUCUCAAAAUUCUUCUGGAGCCUCCCCUGCUGUGUUGCUUCCACGUGUAAAUAUUAAAAUUGAAACUUGGUUAAAUGCGAAGAUAUUUUUUGUAAAGGUGCACUUAAAAAUGAAAUCACAUUUUCUUUCAUUUGUUUACGUGGUGUGUUCGUUCACUCAGUUCUAAAUACAACAAACAAUUUUGUGUUCAAUAAAAAGCUUCACCUGACCGCUCUAAUUUAGUGUUCUUGUCUUUCAAACUUGUUCAAACCUUGAUCACAGUUUAAACCCUCUUCAUUUGACUGUGUAUUCCCCCAUAUGCCAUCCAGGUGUACAAACGAAGAUGGUACAUCUUGAUCAUGUACAGCACCUACACUUGCCUGCAGAGCAUAGUGUGGAACACAUGGGGUCCCAUCUCCACCUCGUGCGAGGAGGCAUUUGGCUGGAGCAAUGAGACCAUUGCCAUGCUCAGCAACUGGGGACCCAUUGCCUAUGUUGUGUUUGGUCUAUUCUACCCAUGGCUCCAAGAUGUCAAAGGUGAGUGGCUUUAAGGAAUGUUAACUGAAAAAAAGUAAAUAAACAAAAAAAUUGUAACAUUCUGUGAACAAUUUUUAAGUCACAAAUUAAGUACAUAAAGUAGAAUACGAUUCCCCAAACUGUUGCCCAGGUUUAGACUUGGCUUCAGACAAUGAAGUAUGGAGCUCUGGGACAUUCUGAAAAUUUUGACCUUGACCUUGUCCAUUUGCAUGGCACGUAAACUUACACACAACUUGUGCUUCAUAUUUUCCUAUAUCCCUUGUUUUAACAGGUCUUCGGUGGGCAGUUGUGUCCAGUAUGCUGCUGGUGACAAUUGGCGCAGGUUUUAGGGUCAUCACUUCAGAACCAGGGACUGCCACAAUGUAAGUGUGACAUUUCAACUUUCUAAUAUUUCUAUCCAUUUUUGUGCAAGCUAUAGGCAGUGAAAAAAUAUCAUUGUGGUUUGUGGAAAAAGGGGAGGGGGGUGGUUUGGGGGGGGGGUCAGAUGAAAUUGGUUGUUAGGGGCUGGGGGGUUUGAGAUUGGUGGUCAGGGGUUAGGGUCCAGAUGAGAUUGGGGGUUGGGGGCCCAGAUUAGAUUGGUGUUUAGGGUUUAGGGGCCUGGAUGAGAUUGGGGUUUGGGGGCCUGGAUGAGAUUGGGGUUUUGGGGCCUGGAUGAGAUUGGGGUUUGGGGGCCUGGAUGAGAUUGGUGUGUUUUGGUUUGUUUGUGUUAAAAAAGAGAAAACAUAAAUGGCCAUUCUGGAGCCCUUGUCCUUUGAUUUGGGCCUUGGUAGGACAACAUGAUAGCUACUGGUCUGAAAAUUGUUGAUGCUCUUAAAGGCGCGAUGUAACACACACACACCCCCCUCCCCCACUAACUUCAGUUCCAGAGACUUGACUGGGAAGGUUGCUGAUGUUGAAGGAGCAACAACUGUUGUGUUGGGUGGUGAGCUGUGACAUGAAUCAGAUUGGCUGACUUUAGUUGCCUUAAAUAAGAAUGGAAAAAAGAAAAGAAGACAUUUUUUACUUUUCCUUCAAGUUUUGUCUAAGACGACUAUGGUGAUAUGGCCCAUCAAUAAAUGACGUCACACGGUUUUGAAAAAUUUUGGCCCACAUUUAACGCCAAUAUUUGGAUUGACCCCCAUACCCCAUUAUUAGUGUUAGCAUUAAUAGCCAAGUGUUCUUCUGUAGGCUUGUUUGAAACAUCACCAACUUUUAUUUUCUUUCUGUAAUAUGCUUUUUAUGCAUUUGCUUAUGCUUUCUUACGACAAACAAAAGAGCUUUUCGACAAUCAAAAGAGCUUUUCGUCUUUGAAAUUUUUUUAUAGUAAUUACAAAUUUGAUUAAUGAAAGUAAUUCUAGGGCAAUCACAGUGUGUCACCCAAACAUGCCUAGCAUUUUACCCACCCCCACCCACCCAUAUGACGUCUUUAGAACCACAGUGUUAGAUAUAGAGGAGUAUGGCAUGGCGUUAAUCUGUAAAAAUUAGACCUAAAUAGGGUGAUAUGUGGCAGAAAAAUGGAUUUUUAACCCAGACAUCUCAAAACUGAGCGUAUGUACGUACAGGAAAGGAUGGAGCCGCUCCGAUCGUCAGUCAAGGUAAGGGUCAAAUCCAGAUCAAAUCCACCCAUUAAACGAUCAUUCGGAUGUACGGAUUAUUUUUUGUGUUUUUUUUUUCCCCCUUUUAAAAUGUUGAUAACCGAGAUUGGUCUUAUCAAUCAAUGUAGGAAGUUUAAAACCAAGAAACUCUAGGGUGCGUCAGAGGAAAGACGCGUGUGCCCAUUGUAUCUGGGUGUACAAAGUUAGGUCGACACCGGUGAUUCAUUAGGAAAUUGGGGGGGAGGUGGGGAUGGUCUUCCCUCGGAAACUGUUAAUAAUGUGUUUUUUUGUGGGGUUUUGGAUUUAGAGGGGAGAGAGGGGGAGAAAAAGGAAGAGAGAUAAGAGGGGGGUGGUGUGGAUAGCAAGACACAGACGUACAGUUAUGGGGAACAGCUCAUAACUGUUCACAUGGAACACUAUCAUUUGUCAACCUUUGGAACGUUGGUCCAAUCAAGCUCUGCUAAGAGCAUCACGUGGGUCAUUGCUCAACUCUUAUUUGUAAGGGGGUAACAACUCUUACUGCGCCGACGUCCAACGUUUUUUUUUAAAAGGAAUUUUCAGUGUUUUAAAAAUAAAUAAAAAAAUUAUUUGUAUUUUUUAAUUUUAAAAACUAAUCUAUUGAAGUUGAUGAAUAUUCUUCUACCAGCUAUGUUGCCCCUUUCUUCUACCAGCUAUGUUGCCCCACUAUUCUAGCAUCUAUUUCACCCCACUCUUCUAGCAUCUAUGUCGCCCCACGCUUCUAGCUUCAAUGUCGCCCCACUAUUCUAACAUCUAUGUCGCCCCACUCUUCUAGCAUCUAUUUCGUCCCCACUUUUCUAGCAUCUAUGUCGCCCCACUCUCCUAGCAUCUAUGUCACCCCAUUCUUCUAGCAUGUAUGUCGCCCCACUCGUCUAGCUGUUAUGUUGCUGACACAUGCAUUUCUAAUACCCAGUUAAUUAGAGGGGUACGUGACAAUGAAAAACACAUUACUUUAAAACAAAAAUAAUAAAAAAAAUAAUCUUGGUCUAGCCCCUCAACCUCCCCUCCCCCUUUUUAAACAAAAAUGUCGCCGGCGCUAGGAGCGGAGCUGGAGCUGACAAAAAUUGAUCCGGAGAGCGGCGCGGCCAAAAACAGCCUGCGACAAAUCCCUGCUGUACUCAUUAUUUUUGUUAUACACUAAACGUUGUUUACACGUAUGUAUAAUGGGGCACCGUGAAUAAGUUCCUAUUUGAACAUUCGUUUGUUUGAUACCACCAUAAGGCCCAGAGAAGUGCAACAUUUUUUUAAAGAGAACAUUCCCGGAUCUUAAUGACUAAAAUAAAAUCAUUUUCCCUUAGUGCGCGACGAGGGCAUAUCCUGGGAAAUUAUUUGGAAAAUCUUAAGAAAGUAAAAUGAAGUACAACAUACUGAGUGACAAGGCGCUGCUGUGGGGAUAGUUCAUCUCUGGAGAGUGGACCUUGGUUGCGUUGGAGGUCCUUCCUUGUGAGGGCGACUUCCGUCCGGACCAAUCGACCACUUUUGAGUGCCACUUGUCAUACCCUAAGUGGUGGGAUGUCGCCACGUCGUCCUGUUAGGAAUCCCCCCCCCCUUUUCCUAACCAGCACUCACUUUGCAAAGUGUAAAAUGAAUUUUGUCGACAGGGUCGUGCGAAGAUGGUGGGGGGUGGGGGAGAAAACUUUCGUACCCGGUGCCUACACUAUUGGGGGGGGGNGGGGGGGGGGGCGCCAAAAUCGGACUUUUAUAGUGAAUUAAACGAUAAAACCCCAUGUACUUCAUAAAGACAAGGGGUGCCAUUGUGGUCUCUUUAAAGGUCGGCCACGGGUGGCAUAUUUUUCUAUUUAUUGAGGGGUGGCAUUUUCAGGCGGCUUCGCCCCUGACGUCGCUUUUUCUAGUCACGGCCGUGGUUGCUGAGGACAUGGUACUUACUUCUUCUAUGACUUAUUAUUUACCGAUAUGACUUAAUGUUUACUUCUACGACUUACUUUUUACUGAUAUUGCUUACUAUUUACUUCUACGACUUACUAUUUACUGAUAUGACUUAAUGUUUACUUAUAUGGGACUUACUAAUUAUUUCUAUGACUUAAUAUUUACUUAUAUGACUUUAAUUAAACAGUACUUUUGAUUAAAGUUAAAAUUCAGCUUAAGUCACGUAAGUGCUUCAAAAUCAAAAGAUACACAGUUUGAGAUUCUUCCAUCUCUUUAAGCCACACAUCACGCAUUAACCUAUGAAUAUAUAUUUUUUUUUGAACUUAAUAAUUGUGAGGCCCGAACCUAAUAGCCAGAGUGACCCCCAUCCUCCCACCACACACACAAACACACCAGGAAGAAGGACCUUCUGUGCCUAGUGCUGAUAUGGGCACUGUGUUGCCAUGUGCCUGAUACUGACAUAUAUCAAGAGGAAAAUAGAAAAAGUGGGGGGCAAUCCGCCCCCAGCCCCCGGGGCGUCAUUUUAGAAUUGACCUUUUUAUGGAGGUGCGGCACUUUCGGUUAACUGCAGAGUUUUUUCAUGGAGGGGAGGCGGAACGAAUCUUCGCCCGCGCCGGGCGGAACUAACCCUAGCAACGCCACUGCUUAUGCCAAGAGCUGACCUGUGCCUAGUGUCGACAUCUAUGUUCUCCUCUUCCAUUGUAAGUCCACCGGAGUGAAAUAGGUUACAAUGUAAUCCGCCAAAAUGCCCGUGUCUAGCGAUACCCAUAAGCUUGCAUUACAACCACCCGGCACCCCCCCCCCCCAAAAAAAAAAUGAUCGCCAUUUUUAAAUUACGUCCAAUCAGAUGCAUCUUUUGGUUCCCACCCCCUAAGUUCAACCUAUCGCCUGGGUGCUCACCACACUGCAGUGGAACUCCCGCCUGAGCCAUUCAUUCAUGAACAGCCAAUGACCUACUUACUGUAAGUUGGUUGGACUUAUCUCAACUAACCGUCAGGCUAUAACGUAGUGGCGUGGUAUUUGCAGCACGUGACCUUACGAACGUCACGAGCUAUCUGUUUUAUAACUACUGCAAUACGGUACAACACCUUUUUAAAAAAAAAAAAAAAAAAUGAACAAUGAUUAAAACUUUCCAAAGAAUAAAAAAAAAUAAAACAUAAAUAAAAAAGAAAAAAAAAAAGACCUUACGAACGUCACGAGCUAUCUGUUUUAUAACAACUGAAAUACGGUACAACACCUUUUUAAAAAAAAAAAAAAAAUGAACAAUGAUUAACACUUUCCAAAGAAUAAAAAUAAAUAAAACAUAAUUAAAAAUGAAAAAAACAACAUCUCUAAUAUUAGUAUACACAAGGACUUUUGUAUUUUGACACCGGCUUCGGGUACUUUGAGAAAAUACUUGGUGGGUCCAAGUGUUAACAAAAGAAAAAAAAAAGAGUUAACUUCGUAUUUUCUCUAAUAAUCAAUAGGUCCACAGACAGUCUUACUGCCCACCUGCCGGUCUUUAAACAAUAGACCUACCCACAGUCCUACACACCACCUGCCGGCCUUUAACAAAAAUAGUCCCACAAACAGUCCUACCGACAGUCCUACACCGUACCAGUAGCUCUUUAUUGAUUAAUACAACAGUCGCCUACGCCCUAAAAAUAAACUAUUCACCAGAGUUCAUCCUGGCGCAUGACGGUUUUGAAGUGGAUGCAGGACACACCAGAAGCUAAAUAUAUAUAAAAGAUAUAACUAAAGAGGCAUUUUAACAUUCUGGUUAAAGCAUAUUAUGCUAGGAUGAAUUGAUUAUAUUUAACGUGGAUUUCCCAAUAACUUAAUCUGAGGGUGGUCAUCUUUCGUGCUAACCGUUGAUAUGAUAACAAUUUUCAUCCGGACAUUCAUACGUUUCGUUGUGUACUACUCAUUUAUUUCAAGAUAACAUACAAUCCAAAAAAAUGUGUAAUAUUAUGACCAGAACAAAGAAAGAAUGCUAUGAGGCCUCAAAAAUCCCCCUUCAACCGUCGCAGUUGUUUAGCCGUUGACAUUGAAACUAAUUUGGAAGAAACCAAACAAUAGCGAUGGAUGAACGGUGCAUACCUACAAGUGUGAUUACAGUGACGUCAAAACACCGUUUGAUAAUAUGUACUUUCUGAUAAGCGGGUGAAGAAAGAAAGUGUCUGACACAUUCUAUGUAGUAUGCCAUUAAAAACAACAACAGCAACAACAACAAAAAACAAAACAAAAACAAACAAACUUUGGAGAGCUAGAGUGGGCAUUAACAUAGUCACCGAAUCUAAUAGUCCUCUCGUAUGCUUAGAGCUGAAAGGGAGACAACCUUUGGAACAGCAGUUGUUUCCCUUUUUAAUGCAUUGAGUUUUGUGCAACGUAAGUCCCUCCCGUGAAAAGUUGCAACUGUUUGAUCAUGUAGGAGGAGUGUAUCUGUUCCCAUGAAAGUUUGGAUUAAUAUUACUAGGAAUUUUCUCCUUACAUUAAAGAAGGAGUUCAUUCAUUUCUUAGAGAUUUAUGAGUUUUGAUCAGCUGAAAUCUGAAAUGCUUAUUUGUUUAAGAAAAUAGAUCUCCUUAUUGACCGAGGUGAUGGCUACUAUAAUCAUUGGGUUGCUAUCUGAAACUUAAAUGCAUGUCCAUUUGAAUAUAUAUAUUAUUAGUUUUUAAACGAUCACAUAAUUAUUAAAGUUAUUUAAUUCAUGGUUUCUUUUAUUGGCUUGUAUAAUUAAUAAACAUGAUAUCAUGGGAUUUAUUCAUGGGUUUGUUAAAUAAAAGACAAAUCAUAGGAUUUAUUCAUGGGUUUGUUAAAUAAACACCAUAUCAUGAGAUCUAUUAAUUGGUUUGUUAAAUAAAAACAUAUGGGAUUUAUUCAUGGGUUUGUUAAAUAAACACCAUAUCAUGUGAUUUAUUCAUGGCUUUGUUAAAUAAACAAAAUGUCAUGGGAUUUAUUCAUGGGUUUGUUAAAUAAACAACAUAUCAUGUGAUUUAUUCAUUGGUUUGUUAAAUAAUGUGUCAUGGAAUUUAUUCAUUGGUUUGUUAAAUAAACAAUGUAUAAUGGAAUUUAUACUUUGGUUCGUAUUUUAAACAGCACAUCAUGGGAUUUAUUAAUUGAUUCAUAUUAUAAACAACAUAUCAUGGGAUUAAGUAUUAACAUUUUGGUCUGCACAUUUCCUCCUCAAAAUGUUGAUUUAAUAAACUUUUGAUGCCUUGAAAUAUUUUUCAGACUUAUACACAUUGGGCAGAUUCUGUGCGGUAUUGGUGGGCCCGUGUCUAUGGGUAGCAUCCCUGCGAUAUCGGCUACGUGGUUUCCUUCCAAGGAGAGGGUCACCGCCACUUCCAUCAGUGCGUGUAUCAACACCUUUGGAGUAGCCAUCUCCUUCAUAGUAGGUUGGUGCACUUAUUAGUUAAAAGUUAAUGUUCCCUUAAUCGCAGGUAAAGAUGUAAGGCUAUAUGUUAAAAAAAAGUAGCUAUCUCUUUAAUUGCAGCCAGGAAAAUGAGAUUUUAACACAUAGGUCGUAAUAAUUUAAUUUGUCAUGUAGGUCAAAAUAAGAAAAAAAUGUAAUAAAAUUGUACGUUAUUCAUUCAGUGUUUGAAAAAAAUAACACUAAUAGUUACACAACAUUAUUUAUGUUAAAAUACAGGUGUUAGUUAUUGUUUCAUAUCAAAUUUUUUUUUAACGUAUUUGUCUAUACAGGCCCAUACAUUUUGACACUAAUAGUUCCACAACAUUAUUUAUGUUAAAGUACAGGUGAUAGUUAUUGUUUUAUAUGAAAUGUAAUUUUAAUUUAAAAUUUUUUUAAAAACGUAUUUGUCUAUCCAGGCCCAUAUAUUGUGACCACACAACCUUUCAAAAAUACAACCUCAGUGGUUGUACCACAUAACCCCUCCCACACUGGGUAAGUACUUACAGAACUUUCUCAAUGGUAACCCAAGAGUUUUUAUGUUAAAUUAGAGAACUUUUUUCAAUGGUGACCCAAGGGUUUAUUUGUUAAGUUAGAGAACGUAUAAACAAAAACUAAGCAUUUAUUAAAAAUGUCAUGCACCAUUGAAAAGAGAUUUUAUGCUUAGAGUAAGAAGGCUUUAUUCAUUUAGUUAACUGUAGGUCCCCAUAAAAUAUAAUAAAUAAAGAGAGUAUAAGUGUAAACUACCAUCUAUUUAGAGAGUUUAACAAUUUAUACAUUUGUUUGUGUGUGUUUAUGUUGUAUAGCUCAGUAGUUCCCAAACUAUCCACUUUUUCCCCCUCAAAUUUUAAAGAAAUUUUAUUGGGAAAAACUUCUUCUUGAAAGAAAAUAAAAGUUCAUUUAACUUUGAACUAAUAUAUUUAGAAGUGAAAAAAAAUCUUAUGUAUAGUUCAGAACAAGGGUAUUAGCCUACAAAUUUUCAAAAUUUUAUUUUGUCAGUUUGAUUCUGUUUUUAAUGAAAAUUUAAAUUUAAAAAAAUAAUCAAAACUGAAAGAAACCAUUUUUAAAAGCACAAAUUUAACAUGAUAAUACUAAGCCUGCAUGAACUCAUUCAUUGUAACUCACUGACACAGCUCACUGGCACUAACAACUCACACAUUGUGUCCUCCAUGUUGCAUGUGUAAGAUUUCUGUAAUCAAUAAAGUAUUGCUAUGAAUGAAACCCAUCUCUCACAUGUUCGGUGUUCACUUAAAAUAUUGUUCAGUGCAAAACAAAAAAUGUAUAAACAAAUUAUGGGUUCAGGGAAAACAAUUACAAAGUUGACAAUUUAAAUCAUUAUUAUUAAAAUUCUGUUGCAUCCAGUUUAAAAAAAAUAAAAAUAAAGGAGAAUAACUGAAGAUCAAAGUCAGGAAAUAAGAAAUUUAUAUGUGGGGGGAAAAAAUAUAAAACUGAAAAAAAUAAUAAAUACUAUUGAGCUCUACUCAUUGUUCCAUUUAUCUAAAUAAAACAUAAUUUAAAAUGUUUUUUUUUUGAAGUGGAUAAGUAAUUAAAUUUAAAAUUAAUUAAAGUUUUUUUUUGAAAUGGGUAAGUCAUUAAAUUUGAACUUGAUUUUCUCCUUUACUUUUACAAGGCCUUCCAUUUGUGUCCAUAUGUGUAUAAGUUUGAUAAUGAAAAUUUAGAUUUUUGUCGACCCAACUGCCAUUUUACAUUUCAGAAGCUUGCUAAUUGCUGAUAUGUAUAGUUCAGAACCGGCUAAUGUUACAGGUAACUUGAAGACAAAAAAGUAAAUAAUUUAAUAAUUUUAAGGACACAAGGUUUAACAAUCAGAUAUACAACAGUAUGUUAUGUGUUAUUUCCUUUGCCUUAGAAAUCAAGUCAUAAGACCAUAAUACCAGACACAGAAUGGUAAUUUAGGGCCUCAGUCUGAUGUACCUCAUAAUAAACUGGCACAGUUUGACACUGAAUGGUAAUGAAGGGUCUCAGUCAGAUAGCUAUUGUACCCUGUAAUAAACUGAUAAUGUACCCUGUAAUGAAACUGAUACAGUAUUUUCAUUUAAGUGUCUAACCCCUGUGUUAAAUUGAUGUUGUCCAUUUUAAAACCAAUUAAAAUAAUUUGUUCUAAUUAAUUUGAAAAAUUGGUGUUUUUUUUUCUUUUAAAUUUCAUUACUAGCCAUUACUGUUAUCUAUAUCUGAUGUGUAACAAUGCAAUAAUCCUACUGAUACAUAUUUUUGUAACUUUAAAAUUUUAAAUUAAAUAAAUGUGAUUUGGAAAUUCAUCAUGGCAUAUUGAUUAAAAAAAGCAGAUUCAGAAGUCUCAUAAUUAUUAUGACUAAUGUUUUUAUAUUUUAAAUCAUGUCUUAGGUAUGUAAAGAUUUCUUUAGAGAUUUGAAAUACCUGUAUCAGCAUAAUUUAACAUUGUGAAGAGAAUUCUUUAAUUUCAUGCGCUAGAGAGGGCAAAUAAACAGUAACUUACUUAAUUUUCUUAAUAAAAAUUUUAGAAUAUUUUUAUAGAUUUUUUUCUUUCAGAUAACUUGUUUGUCAAUAAACAUUGAAUUAAUUUACUGCAAAUAAGUAAUUUUCCUCAUGGAAAAAUUUCCGCAACAAUUUUUUUUGUAAACCUACUAAUUAUUUAUUUAAGCCAGUGGAAAAUAAUAUAUCCAGCCUGAGAUUUUGAAAUUGCUGAUAGUAUCUUUUGCCAAUCAUCGACCAUCCAGUAAUAGAGGGUAGAGUACAGUCUAGAUAAAGUACUCUAAUAUUUUACUAAAUUUUGUUGUCUUAAUAAUAUUUUUUUGGUUCUUUAACACUGUGACUUUGUUCCUAAACACUGUGACUUUGUUCCUAAACACUGUGACUUUGUUCCUAAAUACUGUGACUUUGUUCCUAAACACUGUGACUUUGUUCCUAAACACUGUGACUUUGUUACUAAACACUGUGACUUUGUUACUAAACACUGUGACUUUGUUACUAAACACUGUGACUUUGUUCCUAAACACUGUGACUAUGUAAAACUGACAUGGCCUUGAUUACUAUGUAAACUUAAUUGGUCCACAGCUGCCAGGAUUCAACAGGAGAGGGAUGAAAUCAUGCUUUACAUGUACAUUCGUGAGUAGAAAUAACACAACUAAUCUUAUUCUGUCUGUUCACACAACUAAAUCUUAUUCUGUCUGCUCACACAACUAAUCUCAUUCAGCCUGUUCACAUGUAUAUAUGCCUGGAUUCUGUCCCACAAAACUUUGAUUCUGAGUCUAUGAUUUUGGAAGUGCCAAAUUUUAAUUUCCAAAGUUUGUGUGGCAUAAAAUCUUGGGAUGACUUCACACUAUAAUUUCAAUACUUAAAUUUCUUUUUAUACAUAUUUUCUCCCUCAAAUAAAAUCUUGUCCAAUAAUUAAAGAAUUCGCCAGGUCUGAGAAAACAGGUUGAAUAUUUUUUUAAAAGUAUUCCAUCAAUGUACAUAGUUGAAAUCUGCUUAUUUCCCCACGCUUGUUAGCCCAGUUACAAAUAUCUCACUAUGGCCAGGUUAUAGCAACAUACACAUUUCUAUAUCAUUUUUUUUUCCUGUCCACACAGAGUGCGGAGUCUGUGCCUUGGUGUUCCUGAUCAUGCUGGCCUACUUCCCAGCAAAGCCUCCGCACCCCCCCUGCGCCUCGGCCAUCACCAGCCGGGAGUCGUAUUGGUCAGCGCUCUGGUCUUUACGAAAGUAAGCUCAGCGACAGACCUGGCCGGCAAAAGCCAAUCAAGUGAUCGGAAUACAUGUUUGGAUUUCAUCCCCCGUUUCACUCUAAGAGUCAUAACAUGUGAAACAAAGUUUCGAAGGAACAAAAUUCAGUCUCUAAAUAUGUCCCAGACAGGCAAUUAGCUUUUUAUAAAGAUAUUUGUUUUGUCAUAAUAUAUAAAAAAUAUAAGGAGAAAUUAUUUAAAGUUUUGGAUCACUUUUGUUAAAAUAUAUUUAUGUACUUUGGUUAAAAAAAGUUUUAGGAAUGUAAUGUUUCAACAUAAUUCUUCUUUGUAGCUAAAAAGGCAGUUUUUGAGAUUUUUGUAUCCCAACUAAACCAAUCGUUUGCCAUCUUUAAACAAAGUGUAGUGAUAGAUUAAACAAAGCAUAGUUUUAUCUUUAAUAAAAGUGUAGCUAUAGCUUUAAAGAAAAUGUAGCUAUAGAUUUAAACAAAGUGUAGUUAUAGAUUUAAAUAAAGUGUAGUUAUAGAUUUGAACAGAGUGUAGUUAUAGAUUUAAACAAAGUGUAGUUAAAGAUUUAAACAAAGUGUAGUUAUAGAUUUAAACAAAGUGUAGCUAUAGAUUUAAACAAAGUGUAGUAGUAGAUUUAAACAAAGUGUAGUUAUAGAUUUAAACAAAGUUUAGUUAAAGAUUUAAACAAAGUGUAGUUAUAGAUUUAAACAAAGUGUAGCUUUAGAUUUAAACAAAGUGUAGUUAAAGAUUUAAACAAAGUGUAGUUAUAGAUUUAAACAAAGUGUAGCUUUAGAUUUAAACAAAGCGUAUAUUUAGAUUUAACUCUUUUCAUGCAGCAGGUUUUCCACAUUCGUGCCAAACUUUUUCUGGUAAUAUAGUGAGAUUAAAUUUUUUUUUUUUUAAAUGUGCACCAAAUCUGAACUUACCAGACUAACAAAUGCCCUGUGUAGCUGGUAUCCUAUUCUGCUUCAAUCCUCAGAAAGUAUUUCCAUCUUUGAUCAUAAUGCAAUUUACAUUUUGAAAAUAUUCUAUUUAGUGACAUAGUUAUACCCAUUUUUGUAACAUUAAGAGUAGAUCUAGUAUUAUCUGAAUCCUCUCACUGUUGCCAUAGUAACAAAGUGGUUUUAAAAAAAAAAAAAAAACAACUUUUGAACCACUUGAGCUAGAAAGUUGAUAUUAGAAUGUUUGUAAACCAUUCUCUAGGCUCUAUGCAUUCAAGGUAUCUUUAUAUUUUUAAAAAUGUUUUGAAAUUUUUUUGAAAGUGCCGACAGUCACCAAUAUUACCUCCACUAAGGCCAUUCUAUUACUAUUUCCAUUGGGCAUUUACCGACACACCAGAAAGCUGAAAACCAUCACUGGAAUGAGAUUCAAAUGAUUCAUGGUUAUUGCCUGAUGUUUCAGCAUCAAUAAUUAGCAAUAAAAGUUCUUUUGUUUGUUUGCUAACUUGACUACCUACGUGGUCUAGCAACAGCUGAUGUCCUGGGAGUGGUAGGCGUGGCCAUUGCUUUGUUUACAAAAGUUUCAACACAAAUUGAACUAUUAUUAGAAAAAAAACACAUGUAAACAUGCCCUACUUCUAACAGGAAGGAAGUAGGAAGGGUUAUCCUUGGUUUAAGAACAUAAAAAGUCCAAUUAAUAGCCGCAGACAAACAAAAUAAAAAUACAUUAACUAUUCGACGAUGUACCGUGGCUUGGCACAAACGUGACCAGUCAAAUCGACGAUACGCUGUGGCUUUGCACGGAAAGAGUUAAACGAAGCGUUUUUAUAUCUUGAAUAAAAAGUGUAGCAAUAGAUUAAAACAAAGAUGAGCUAGCACCAAGGAAGGUUUAAACAACACUAACAUGACACAGAGUUCUAGAAGAAGUCCAAAUAAAAUAAAAUACAUACAGUUGACCGAUUUUCUCCCUCUGUCUCAGCAAAGGUCACUUUAUACUCAUUGCCGUCAUCUAUGGCGUUUCACUGGGGGUCCUCAACAGUUGGAGUAGUGUACUCAACGUUAACCUGGAUCCCUUCGGUGUGUCUGAGGUGAGUGAGAGAACCGAAAAUUAUGUAUUUCAUAUGUGCGUAUCCUGAGAACAGGAUGAGAACCAAGUUCUGCCUGAUUGGUUCUUGAGCCUUACGCUUAUCUAGCUUUUAAGAGAAAUAAGAUUCAGGAAUCAACAAACCUAAAUUGUUAGGUCAUUACUUGUGUAGUCUGGAGGAGCACCAUUAGUCUGUCAGUAGGUCAUUAUAUAUAAGUGUAGAUUAGGGAAGCACCAUUAGUCAGUGAGUAGCAGUUUAACAGUACAAAAACACAAAUAAUCUUCAAAUUUUCCCCCCUGCCAUUCGGUGAUCUCCCUUUAGUGUGAUUAAAUGCUUAACUAAACACAAUUGUUUUGUUUUUUCACUGUGUCAGUAUGAGGCUGGUUGGAUUGGAUUCUACGCAACUGUUGGAGCCUGUUUACUUACUUUGUUAGUUGGAAGGUAAGACACCCAUGACCUACAUCCCUCUGACCUAUGCGCCGCUGCCAACAUCCUUAAGUCCAAAUCAAUGAGAAGCCCUUAUACCAUGGUUGCUAGUCACUAGAUGCCCCCUAGCAGUAUGCUAUAAUGGUUCCUCCAACUCAUCUGCCCUAGCCCUACAACCUACCCUCUUCAUUCAUCCUAGCCCUUUAAACUACCCUCUUCAUUCAUCUUAGCCCUAUAAUCUACCCUCUUCAUUCAUCCUAGCGCUAUAACCUACCCUCUUCAUUCAUCCUAGCGCUAUAUUCUAUCCUCAUUCAUCCUAGCCCUAUAUCCUACCCUCCUCAUUCAUCCAAGCCCUAUAACCUACCAUCCUCAUUCAGUCUACUCAUGGAUAUCAUAUAUGUAGAAAGUGGUCAAUGACCUUUGGUAUAUGGUGCCUUCUGUUGCCAUUUUGUUGUAGACCGUAACUCAUUUUGUGAUACCCCACAUAACAAGGUCAAAGAUCAGUUUAAACUGACACAUUUUGCAUCUUGUCUGACGGUGAACUCCUUUCUAGAUUUUAACAAUUACUUCUUACAUUUUUUUUGGUUGAUAACCUAACAGAUGAAGUGUAUUGUUAAACUUGACAUCUCUUUUGAUUUUGCUUGUUUCAGAUUUGCUGAUUGGUUUGCACGUCGGAUGAAGUGUAAUGUUAAAUGUUGAUGUUGUGAUGUUGCUUGUUUCAGAUUCGCUGAUUGGUUUGCACGUCAGAUGAAGUUAUUCAUCCUCAUCAUGUUCGUCACUGGAGCCUGUUGUUUUGUGGUUUUUGCUUUGGUUCUUGUUAAAGUGAUCCAUCAAACAGACGGUAAGCAUUAAGGUCUUUCUGCCUGUGUCUCCAGCUCAUAGACUGCCUAUGUCUGAUCUCUAUACUGUGUCUAUUCCUUCAUUUCUAUACAGUGUCUAUUCCUUCAUCUCUAGACUGUGCAUCCAUCUAUAGUCUAACUAUGUCUCCACCUCUAGAUUGUGUCCAUGUCUCCACCUCUAGAUUGUGUCCAUGUCUCCACCUCUAGAUUGUGUCCAUGUCUUCCCCUCUAGACUGUGUCUAUGUCUCCAUCUCUGGAUUGUGCCUAUGCCUUCUCCUCAUGGCUAUGCGAUGUUAUCCUGAAAAUUAUCAACGGGGGUACAAUUUUAAAACCACAUCUUUUUUCAAACAUUUUAUUUGAAAUAUCACAAAUUAAAAAAUAAAUGAUGACAUUUAGUUUGUUGCGCAGGCAUUUAACCCAAGCACGUGACAUAGAAGACAGCAUGAAAGUAGACCACAGGAUAAUUAUUUCAUUACAUAUUGUUAUUACACAUUUUAUCCAUUUUACUUUUUAAUAUUUCAUAACAGAGAUGUCACUUCCUCUCCCCCAGCUAUUCUGUAUGCCACAAUUAUUGGAGGAAACUCCUUGCUCAACGCCGCCGUCCCUUUGAUAUACGAGCUCGGCUGCGAACUGGCCUACCCCACCAGUGAAGGGGCAGCCAACGGGUUGCUGACACUGUUAAAUAAUUUGGGUGGAGUUUUCUUUCUGGCCGUCUUCAUGAUUCCUAGAGUUGGUGAGUGCUUGAAAAGUCAAUUUAUGCUCAAAUGUCAAUUUAUGCUCAAAAGUCCAUUUAUAAUCAAAAGUCAAUUUAUGUUGAUUAGUCAAUUUAGCAUGAAAAAUCAAUUUAUGUUGUCAGUGGACAUAAAGUUACAUUAAGUUCUUAAAAAAAAAAAAAAAAAAAAAAGCAACAACUUUUAUCUAUUUUUGUGGUCAAUUAUUGAAGAAUUUUAAAAAUCUAAGUGGACAUAAAGUUAAAUUAAGUUCUAAAAAAAAAAAAAAAAAAAAAGCAACAACUUUUAUCUAUUUUUGUGGUCAAUUAUUGAAGAAUUUUAAAAAUCUAGUUCUCCAAUAAAAUAAUGAUAUUAAAAUAGUUGUAAACAUCUGAUAUUGUUGUACGGCUUGUUGUACAGCUUGAGAUUGGACACACAUAUAGAAAGUCUAGGCCUCCCAUGAAAUCAUGAUAUUAAAGUAGUUGUAAAAAUGUCAUGUUGCUGUACGGCUUGUUGUACGGCUUGUUGUAUGGCUUGAGAUAGGACACACAAGAACAAGAGAGAAAAACAGUGAAAGAGUUAAGGCAGAAAAAACCCUCUCAGUAGUCUCAGAUAAUCUGCUCUUUCAGCGUUCCAUUUCUUCACUGGACUAUUCUCUCUCCUGAUUGGGUCAAUGCUUUGUUGGUAUUUCCUCCUUUAUGUUAUUUAUCCUGUUUAGUGACUUCCAGGUGUGCUAUCCCUUGUCCUGUCUGUGCCUCUGUCUGCUCUUGCUGCUAUCAUUUGAAUAACCCUAACUCUAAUCAAAACCUAUUGUUAAUAUUACCUUAAAUGCCUGCAUAUCUCCCCCCCCCCCUCUCCCUACUUCCCCGGCACCCUGUGGAUGAACUGGGCUCUGAUUACCUCCAUCGUCCUCUCCAAUGUCCUGUCUGUGCCUCUGUCUGCUCUUGCUGCUAUCAUUUGAAUAACCCUACCUCUAAUCAAAACCUAUUGUUAAUAUUACCUUAAAUGCCUGCAUAUCUCCCCCCCCCCCCUCUCCCUACUUCCCAGGUACCAUGUGGAUGAACUGGGCUCUGAUUGGCUCCAUCGUCGUCUCCAUACCUUUGAUUGUGCUGUUAAAGAGUCGCUUCAACAGGCUUGAAGUGGAUGAGGGGGUGCAGACUCAGAUCUACGUGGAGCAGGAGGUGAAUAUCGCCUCGCCUCAAAGUAUACAGGCGUAAACCUUAGGCCUGUACUGGUGUGAUUUUUAAAAAUUGUUAUUUAUAGGUCACAAAGUUGUUGUUGUUCACAGACUGAAGGUGACUCUGAAAUUCGGUGUUUUAACUGUAAAUUUUUGUGACGCAUGGAUUAAGAACUUGUCCCUUGGAUUCAGUGGCCUGCUGUGAUGUUUUUGCUCAAGGGGACAAGGUUUGGAAGACACCUUUCGUUAGCGCGGCCAAAGAAGAAUACUCUCAGCAUGAUUGUACAUGCAUGAUAUGUUACAUGUAGCUUGUUGAUGGCACUUUUUUGCGGGUGACAGUUUAGGCAGGUUAUUCUCACUUGAUCCAGUGCGCAGUGCUCAGAAAUGGAACAGACCAUUGACCAAAAAUAAAGGGUUUUUAAUGAUAAUAAAAUCAAUCAAAUAAACAAGCAAAUAAUAAAAUAAUUUAUAAGUUGUGAAAGCAUACUUAAAUUGGUAUACUGGUUGGGAUCUUUUACACAGGGAUUACUGGUUGGGUUCUUUUACACAGGGAUUACUGGUUGGGUUCUUUUACACAGGGAUUACUGGUUGGGUUCUUUUACACAGAGAUUACUGUUGGGAAUCUUUUUACACAUCAAUAACGUCCAGCCUAAAAAUAGUUAAGAUUGGUAAGUAAAUUCCACCAGUCUACAAGCCCAAAGCUGGGCUUCAUGUCUGCCUCAUAUAAAUGCUCAUUGUCACUUUGUCCACUCACGACUCAUCAAAAUACACAGUUUUGAUUCCUGCUAAAUAACAAUUAAAAACAGGUCUUUUGGUUUUUAUUAAACUGAAAAUUAAUCUGCGUAUACCUUUGUGGAAUAUGAAGCCUUUUUCCCCCCAGCAAUGUCUUCCUCUCACAAGAGAAUAAUUCUAUAGAAUUCUAAAAUAUUUUUGUGUAAUGUUAAACAGAGUUAUAUUACAUUUUUCGAAAGCAGUAAACUUAUAAAGCGUCCUACCGUCUCUCUGUGAGUGAAGGGAUUUUAUCAUGGGUUGCUUGAACACAGUGGCUCAGUGCUGGCAAUAAAUACAAAAAUUUUUGUUUAAUAAUUUUUGGCAAUCGGUUAUGUAGAAAACACACUGAAACUGCAAGGAAUGAUCACAAAGUUGUGCUCAAAUGAUCACAAAGUUUUACUGAAAUGAUCGCAAAUGUGUUAUUGACCACGUCAAUGUAUUAAAUUUUGUUUUUAAAAAUUUUAUGUAUACACUGCUAUAAAAAGCAAUAAUCUAAUUAUGUGUACAGUUAUUUUUGUACACACAUCCUCAACCAACAACAAUUUGUUUUCAUCACAAACUGCUGUGCUAAUUCAAACAUUUCUGUUUGUUAACAAAGUGCAUUAUUUUAAUACAUGUUUUAUGAGAUCUUUAUACUGGAUCAAGUCUUUCAACCACUUUGUAUGUGAUUUUUGUGUCAAGAGUUGUAAUGAAUAAAGAGUUCUCCUGGAUUUAAAUCAGUAACCCACAGAUUGCCAUUAGGCUUGUAUUGUCAAAAGGAGACCGGCUAAACUGCAUGGUAAAAUCAAUUUGUACCCUAACAGGUGCGUGUAAAAAAAAAAAAAAACUCAACAAAAAAAAAAAAGAAGAUAUUACCAACAAUGGCUUGCUAAUGUCAAAAGGGGACCGGGUAAACUGCAUGGUAAAAUAAAUUUGUACCCUAACAGGUGCGUGUAAAAAAAAAAAAAAAAACUCAACAAAAAAAAAAAAGAAGAUAUUACCAACAAUGGCUUGCUAAUCAAAUUAUAGUACUGAUUUUGCUAUUUCAAACAUGAUCAUAGAGCAACGGAUGGUUACUGUGUUAUCUUACACAGAACUAUUUGCCUCUAAUCUUUGGAAAUCAUUAAGGUGAUCCUCGGAUUAUAUUACUACCUUAGCCAAUCCAUGACUGAACCCACUAUAUCACUGCUGUAGCCCUCCCCUUGGGUGGACACAUUUUACUCUCUUGCCAAUGACAUUUUUAUGUGUGUUAAACCACAUGGAAUUUUAUUUUCUAUUUCUAAGUGAUUCUGCUGUGCAGGAACAGUUUAACAUUUUUAAAGAGAUGUUUUUGUUUCUUUAAAAAAAAAAUAAUUUAACCUAUAUUUUAUUGAAGUGAGUGAUUCUUAAAAUUAACACAUUGAAAAUCAAUGCCCAUCACAGAGUCUAAAAGUUGUAUUUUGCCAGGUAGUAAAAGAAUGGUACUGUGUCAAGCCAGGUGAUCACAUCUGAUGAUAUUGUAGAUCUUCAUUUUUGAAAUUUUAUGAAUAGAGAAUGAGAAGGGGAAGAAAUCAUCACCUAAUUCAAUAUUUUUGUGCUCUCCCUUUUUUAACCUGCGUGUCUCUUGUUUUAAAUAAACUUUAUGAAAAUUUAGUUGAGUCUUAAAAUGAAAAUAUUAUUUUCAUUGGGGUGGGGGCGGGUGUUAAGAAGAAAAAAAAUACACAUUCUUUUUACUGUUGUGAAUUUUUAGAAGCAUGUAUUAUUUAUUUUAAAAAUUUUACUGUAAAAAUAAAGUGAACUGAUCCUAACUUAUUUCUGAUGUUAUCAAAUUAUCAGUCCCAGUAAAAUAUGUGGUGAGGAAAAUCUUAAAUUUAAAGAUGUACUUAAAUUGUGUAUCUCAAUUGCAAGGCCAUAUUUGAUUUUGUAUUUCUUCAACAGUUCUUUCCGAAAAACCGUCCACUGGUCUGUAAAAGUGGAAAAACUACAUUAAAAAAAAACUUUCAUACUUACUUCCCCUUCCAUUUACACAAAGUGACAAAAGUAAGGUCUACUCAGUGGGGGUCAUAUUUCUAGGGUGUCUGGUGCCCAAGAUUUUGAUCCCGUCAAUACCCGACAUGAAUGAAUCUUUAUUUUUUAUUCUUUCCUUUGAAAUGGAUUUUGAUUUGUUUGAAAAUGCCCCCACCCAUGAACCCCCAUCCGAGUCAUUGACGAUGGAUUCAUACUUUCCAUAUUUAUUCCAUGCACUCACAGAUGGAUUUUACCUGUCCAAAAAAAAAAAGGCUAAAUUUAUCAAACCACUUGCAUAUCCUUUAAAUGUAAAUCUUAUUUAUUUGUGUAUUAUUUUAAAAAUAAAUUAUUAUGACCAUGACAAGCUCACUCUUUACAAGUCAGUGUAAACUGAGCACAUACUCUUUCUCAUACACUUCAUAUUCAAUGUAAACCCAUUAAUGUUUGAAAUAAUGAUUCCUUGUGUGAUAAUUCAUCAUUGAUACUCGGACAAGAACCUUUGUAAACCCUUUUUUCCAGGUUAGGUAACUCUUGUAUUUCUCAGGUUUCCUGAUCUCAAGUGCCCUUAAGACACCAGCCGUGAUAUCAAUUGAUUUUUCCCUGUAAAAUUCUUGCACUCUUGUAUGUGAUGUAUGACUUUAAAAAAAAUUUAAGUUGCCUUUAUGAUUUUGUGACAUUUAUAUGUGAUGACAUGAAUUUUUGCACUCUUGUAUGUGAUGUAUCACUUUAAAAUGUUUUUAUUUGUAAUUUGCCUUAUGUGACAUUUAUAUGCGAUGACAUUCCAGUUUUUAAAAAAAAAUGAAAGCCGCCAUUUCCAUUAAGGCCUGAACCAUAGUUAAAGACAUUUUUAAAAAAUGACGUAAUACAAAUUUGGCUGUUAAAUUAAUUAGAUUUUUUUGGUGGUCCUUUUUCAUUGUUAAAAUAUGAUUUGAGAUAAAGUGC